CCAGCACCAAGAGAGAGCGAGAAACACAAAAUGGCUACUAGGUGUAAAAAGCAGCAAUGCACGAUCGACAGACACGGAUUUCGGCAGGAACUUGAUUCGUGGCGGCACAAACUCAUUCACUGUGUAGGUUUUGAGAGCAUUCUCGAAGGUCUCUCUGGUCCGGAGCUGGUAGAAGACCUAAAAUUAUUUAAGGACCUUGAGCCUACAGCAGUGUCUGACUGGUCAUUUGAUGAAAACUGUCUAUUCUGCUGUUUUAGACGGGACAAAGUAAAGGAACACUUAAUUGGUUUAAGCGACACAGGGCUUGAAGAUCCAUCCAAACCUCUCCUGGUUAAAGAUCAGACCACAAUCAUCCGACUAGAAAAACAAGCAGAGGAAUUUCUCAAUGCAGUCCUCUCCAGAAAAGGUGUGCCAAAUUUCUCGGACCCACACAUUCCAGUAGUGGCUCGAGAGAUCCUUCACAGAAUGAUCCGACAGUUUGCUGCCGAAUAUACCUCAAAAACCAGCUCCCCUCAGGACAGUUGCUCAGAUUCCCAGCCUCGCUCUGACCAAAGCCUGCCGACCCCACCCUUGCUCUCAGGGGCUCCUCCUUCUACCAGCCCUGCUGCCAAUGUGGCUGGGCCUGCACACAACCAGAACCCCGUCCUCAGCAAGCUCCUCAUGGCUGACCAGGAUGCUCCUCUUGACCUCACCAUCAAGAAGCCCCUGGUUGUGCCUAGUGACCAAGAUGGAGUUCUUGACUUAUCUCUCAAAAAGAAUCGCUAUAGCAGCAGCCUGCCUGUUCAUAGUCCCUGCCUUUCUCCAGCUACAGCCGCACUCAAGGGGCGAUCCUUGAGAGCGGACGGACAAGUCGGGCUGUUUAUGAAGAGCCUACAGGAUGGGAGGAGGGAGAAUAUCGGCCACUCCAACCGUUAUAAGCCUUCCUCAUCUCUUGCAUACUCGCUGCACAUCAAAGAGGAGGCCGAUCUGGAGAGCGACCCAGAGUCACCUCUCAGCCAUAACCACAGCUUCAGACCCACUGACCUUUUCAGAAAUGGAUCUGCUUCCUGGAAUUCCAAAACUCAUUUUGGGGCCCUCCUCAAACUCAAAACCAACAGCGAGGCUAGUGAGCGCCUUAAAGACAUACCCAGGUUGUUGGAAGCUGCGGGACUUCUGACAAAGUCACUUGCCUAUGACAAAGGAAACCUCCAGGAGGCCUGCAGGGACCAAAGCCUCUCCCUUUCUCAGUCACCAUCUUUUGACCUCAAGAUUCCCCAGGUGCGGGUUUUGGCCACAGGAACAGACCCAUCUUCGGAUUCCCUGUCCGCUGAGUAUUCAGGUUUGCUUUGUGAGAACGGUCUGGGAAAGACUCUUCGUUCCAUUCUACCUGGGCAGUUCCCGAAAAAGAGCAAUAUGUCAGGUUCAGAGAAGGAAUACUGGCCUUAUGACACUGACCGCCAAGCCUUGGGGGGAAACUAUCCUUUGGAUUCAGAGUCAGACCUAGGUAACAAGCAGCCAAGGAAGAAACGUGGGCGAUAUCGACAGUACAACACUGACCUGCUCGAAGAGGCUAUUGUGGUAGUGAUGGGUGGAAAAAUGAGUGUUUCUAAAGCCCAAUCGAUCUAUGGCAUUCCACACAGCACACUGGAAUACAAAGUUAAAGAGCGACUGGGGACCUUGAAACAUCCCCCCAAAAAGAAACUGAAGCUGUUAAGUCAGGUAGAGGAACAGAGUGUUUCACAGCCCCUUGAGAGGAAUGACUUCCGAAACUCCCAGCCCACUGUUUCUGAGAAAGGAGAGUGUGCAUCUGAAGAGAAUGGGAAUGAUUUCCAUGAUGGAAGCCUCUCAUCAAAUGAGUGAUAUAACCGUUAAACACUAAUAAUGAUGUACCUUUUGACCAGACAGAUGUUGCAUUUGCCAGACAGUGGUUGUAGCUGACUUGUUUUUCCAUAAAACUUUAAUAGAUGUGUGUAACAUUUAAAUCAAAAACACCCAUAUUUAUUAUUAACUUAUUCAAUUGUGCCCCUUACUUUUGGUGAUUUAAUAUGUUUGUGUAUGGCCAACUAUCUGAAACACUCCAAGUGUCCUCCUGACCUACUUAUUGUGCAUGAAAGGCAUACUUGCUAUUUGUUAAGAAUUUUCAUAUACUACAGUAUAUUGAUCAUGAAUUUAGUUUAUUUAUUUAAGUUAUGUUUUAAAAAUGGCCAUUCCUAUCUCUAUAAAUGUAGUCUUUACACACAGCCAAACUGAAUCAUGUCUAAGGAGGUGGCGCCCCUCAGUGUCCUCUCUCAGUACUGUUCAGAGCACUUAAUUCUGCUGUGUGAAUAUAGACCCUCCAAUUAUAAGAUGACAGUGAAAGUCUGUGUCACUGUUUUGCAAAUGCACUUCUAUAACUAAAAUGGACAAAAAUCAGCAUGUCCAAACACUAUUAUACUCAAAGUAUCUAUUAUUUUAGCUUGUUGGAAAUAGCAUGUGUUGUCCAGAAGUUCACUUUCCUAUUGAAUCAAAAUUAAGCUCAUCUUCACAAG